CUCUCUCUCCCUCAGCCUACCUCUCUCUCAGCUCGCCGCACUAAUGCUGAUAUUUCUCUCCAGCAUCACCAGCGGAGAAGAAGAGGAGGAGGAGGAGGAGGAAGGAGAGGUUGUGUCAGGUGGAAACGGGGACCUCUAUGGAUAUCAUCAUCACCCUCCACCGGCUCGCAUCCUCAGCACCGACAGCAUCUCCCGGCCGGCGGUCACCGCUGCAGGCACACAGCGCCCGUUUAAUGCGCCAAGGCGUUGUGUUUCCACGGUAGAGACUGGGCUGCUUUUGUAAUUACCCUGACAAACCGUUUCCUUCUGUAAUAAGGACUAAUCGAGGGAAGACCCUGCUGGAAUAAAAGCGGAGCGUCAGUCUCCUCCAUUGAUAAACCGCUCUCCUCAUCGAUCCAGCCCAACGACGUCUUGGUAUAAGAGGAGGACAAAACCAAUCCAAAAAACUGACAGUGAAGCUGAAGGGCGUCGGGCGCGAUGGCUAAUGCCUCCCCAGACCUGGACAACGCGGAAGCCCAGCGCCAGCUCAACAACAACAAUCGACCAAUCGGCUCGGGGUUCUGGGAGACGGAGUGUACCAGCUCCAAGCUGUUUGAGUGUUCUCGCAUCAAGGCCCUGGCAGAUGAACGAGAUGCGGUGCAGAAGAAGACUUUUACCAAGUGGGUAAACUCCCAUCUGGCCAGAGUGUCCUGUCGCAUAUCUGACCUCUACAACGACCUGAAGGAUGGAUACAUGCUCACUAGACUUCUGGAGGUCCUCAGUGGAGAGUUGCUGCCGAGGCCUACACGGGGUCGUAUGCGGAUCCACUGCCUGGAGAACGUUGACAAAGCUCUCCAGUUUCUUAAAGAACAGAGGGUUCACCUUGAAAAUGUUGGUUCCCAUGACAUUGUGGAUGGAAACCACCGCCUCACCCUGGGCCUUAUCUGGACCAUCAUCCUACGCUUUCAGAUCCAGGUGAUUAAAAUAGAGACAGAGGACAACCGAGAAACUCGCUCUGCCAAGGAUGCCCUGCUGCUCUGGUGCCAGAUGAAGACUGCAGGGUACUCUGAGGUCAACAUCCAGAAUUUCACCACCUGCUGGAGAGACGGCCUCGCCUUCAAUGCCCUCAUACACAGACACAGACCUGACCUGAUAGAGUUCCACAAGUUGACACGGUCCAAUGCAACCCAUAACCUCCAGCAAGCCUUCAACAUCGCUGAGCAGCAGCUGGGCCUCACCAAACUCCUGGACCCUGAAGAUGUGAACACAGAGAACCCAGACGAAAAGUCCAUCAUCACCUAUGUGGUCUCCUACUACCACUACUUUUCCAAGAUGAAGGCUCUUAUUGUGGAGGGCAAGAGGGUUGGCAAGGUGCUAGACAAUUGUAUUGAGGCAGAGAAGAUCAUCAACCGCUAUGAGGCUCUGGCGUCCGACCUGUUGGACUGGAUAGAAAAGACCAUUGCGGUCAUCAGCAACCAGAAGUUUGCCAACUCGCUAACCGGAGUUCAGCAGCAGCUGCAGGCCUUCACAACCUACUGCACCAUAGAGAAACCCAUCAAGUUUCAGGAGAAGGGGAAUCUUGAGGUCCUUCUCUUCACCAUCCAAAGCAAACUCAGAGCCAACAACCAGAAACCCUAUGUGCCUCAUGAUGGGAAGCUCAUCUCAGACAUCAACAAGGCCUGGGAGAGGCUGGAGAAGGCGGAACAUGAGAGGGGCGUGGCUCUGCGAAAGGAGCUGAUUCGUCAGGAGAAGCUGGAGCUGCUGGCUCAGUGCUUUGACCACAAAACCACCAUGAGACAAGCUUGGCUCAAUGAGAACCAGAGACUUGUAUCUCAGGACAAUUUUGGUUAUGACCUACCAGCAGUUGAGGCAGCAAUGAAGAAACACGAGGCCAUUGAGGCGGACAUAGCCUCGUAUGAAGAGCGAAUUGGCGUGGUGGUGGAACUUGCCUCAGAGAUGGAAGCCGAAGGAUACUACGACAUCCGGCGUAUCUCGGCACGCAAGGAGAACAUCCUGGGCCAGUGGAGUCUGCUGAAGGAGUUGGUGGCUGGGAGGAGGACCCGGCUGGAGAAGAACCUGGCCCUGCAGAAGACUUUUCAGGACAUGGUCUACAUGAUCGACUGGAUGGAGGAUACACAGGUUCAGCUGCUGUCGAAGGAUUUUGGGAAGCAUCUUCUGGAGGUGGAUGACCUGCUGCAGAAACACAGUCUGCAGGAAGCCGACAUUGCAGUGCAGGCUGAGAGGGUCGAGACACUCAACACCGCUGCUCUCAAAUUCACCACUAUAGAGGGUUACCAACCGUGUGACCCACAGGUGAUUUGUAAUCGUGUCAACCAUGUCUCUUCCUGUCUGGAGGAGCUGAAACAACUGGCAGCUAAAAGACGUGCAGAGCUUGAGGAGUCGAGACAACUGUGGGCCUUCUUUCAGGAGCUGGAGGAGUCGGAGGCCUGGAUCAGGGAGAAGAGCUCCAUCCUGGGAGCUCAGGGUUAUGGGAAGGACCUGAGCAGUGUGCUGAAAUUACUACAAAAACACAAGACUCUGGCUGGAGAACUGCUGGCUCACCGGUCACUGCUGCAGAACACCAUGAAGCGAGGAAAGCAGAUCCUGAGUGAGAAAAGCUUUGGCACGGCAGGGAUCCAGGAGCGCAUCAUGGAGGUGAAGGGCGAGUGGAAGAGGCUGGAGGACCAGGCCGCGCAGCGUCUUGGUCACCUACAGGAGGCGCUACACUUUUUUCAGUUCUCCACAGAGACGGACGACUUGGUAGCGUGGCUGCAGGACGCUUACCGCCUGGUCUCCAGUGAAGACUUUGGACAUGAUGAGUACUCCACCCAGUCCCUGCUGAAGAAACACAGAGGGGUCAGCGAGGCCAUAGACAAACAUCGCGUGCAUGUAGUGGCACUGCGCAAACACAUGGUGGCGCUGCCUAUGCGGUACCGUGAACAGGAGGAGGUACAGAUGCGUAUGGGAGAGGUGGAGCAGCUGUAUACGGAAGUGGUCGAGGUGGCGGUACUCAGACAGCAGUGGCUUCACGACGCCCUCGCCGUCUACCGUAUGUUCAGCGAGGUCAAUGCCUGUGAGCUGUGGAUUGAUGAGAAAGAGCAGUGGCUGGACAAGAUGGAGAUCCCAGAAAGACUGGAGGACGUGGAGGUGGUGGCACACAGAUUUGAGAGCCUGGAUCAGGAGAUGAACAGCCUGAUGGGAAGGAUCCUGGAUGUUAACCAGAUAGUUCAGCAGCUCCUGGAUGGUGGUCAUCCAUCUUCUACAGAGGUCAGAGGUUGUCAGGACCACCUCAACUCCAGGUGGAACAGCAUUGUGGAGCUGGUUGAGCAGAAGAAAGAUCAGCUGGACUCGAUGUUACGCCUGCAGAACUACCUGCUGGAGUGUGCCGAGAUCAAGUCCCAGAUCCAGGACAAGAGAAAAGCCAUCGACGCCACUCAGUACAUGGGCAGUGACCUUGGAGGAGUCCUGUCUCUGCAGAGACGCCUGUCCACAAUGGAAGGAGCCCUGUCUGUCCUGGAGCCCAAACUACUGCAUCUACAGGAAGACGCAGAGCAUCUCGCCACCAGCCACCCAGGUCGGGCCAUGGAGAUUCUCGUACCGUUCGAUGGCAUCAGUGUGGAGUGGGAGGAGCUGAAACGCACUUUGCAGGGCUGUGAGGAUUCGCUGAUGGUGGCUAGCAGGCUGCAGAGCUUCAUACAGGACCUGGACUCGUUCCUCACCUGGUUGGUCCAGACGCAGACGUCCGCCGCUUCAGACCAGCUGCCCAACGACCUGGAAGAGGCAGAGAAACUGAUUAACAAACACGCUGCCCUAAAGGAGGAGAUUGGACGGUAUGAAGAGGACUACGAGCGCCUCCAGGCCAUGAACGAGCUGCUGGAGUCCGAGGAGGCUCCUCUCCCUCAGGCCGCCCUGCAGCAGUGGCUCCAGAAGCUCGAUGUCGGCUGGAACAAGCUGCUGGAGAUGUGGGAGAGCAGGAGAGAGGUUCUAGUCCAGGCUCACAUUUUCCAUCUGUUCCUGCGAGAUGUCAAACAGGCAGAGUCUUUCCUCAACAACCAGGAGUCUGCCCUUGCUCACGUGGAGCUACCCACCACAGUGGAAACAGUCGAAGCUGCCAUAAAGAAACACAAGGACUUUACCACCACCAUGGAGCUGAACCUGCACAGGAUCAAAGCUGUGAUCGAGGCCGGAGAGAGCCUGAUCAGCCAGAGUAACAUCUACUCUGAACGCAUCAGGGAACGCAUUGACACGCUCGCCAACAGGGGAAACCAGAACCGUGAGCUGGCCCAGCAGUGGCUGGAAAAACUGAACGACCAGUGGGGACUUCAGAGGUUUCUUCAGGACUGUCAUGAGCUGGGCGACUGGGUGUGUGAGAAGAUGCUAAUGGCGAGGGACAGCAGUCGAGACGAGACCCAGAAGCUUCAUAAGAAAUGGCUGAAGCACCAGGCCUUUAUGGCCGAGUUGGCCCAGAAUAAGGAAUGGCUGGAUAAAAUUGAAAAGGAGGGCCAGCAGCUGAUCCAGGAGAAGCCAGAGCUCAGCCCGGUGGUUCGGAAGAAGUUGGAGCAGAUCAGGGAGUGCUGGCAGGAUCUGGAGAGCACCACCCAGGCUAAAGCCCGCCAGCUCUUUGAGGCCAACAAGGCUGACCUGCUGGUGCAGAGCUACGAAAGCCUGGACCAGAGACUGGGCCAGCUGGAGGGUCAACUGGUUUAUGUGGACCAGGCACAGGACCUCACCACUGUCAACAAGCAGCUGAAAAAACUACAGACUAUGGAGACCCAGAUGGAGGAGUGGUAUAAGGAGGUGGGGCAGCUCCAGGUGCAGGUGGCCUCCAUCCCGCAGCAGACGCAGAUCAAAGAGACGGUUGCUGGGCGUCAAGCCGUCGUGGAGGCCAGGAUGGUGCGUCUGAUUGAGCCGCUGAAGGAGAGACGACGCAUCCUGCUGGCGGCCAAGGAAGUUCACCAAGUCGGACGAGACCUGGAGGAUGAGAUUUUGUGGAUCCAGGAGCGCCUCCCGAUGGCCAUGUCUCAGGAGCACGGCUCCAGUCUGCAGGCAGUCCAGCAGCUCAUGAAGAAGAACCAGACACUUCAGAGGGAGCUACAAGGCCACAGGAGCAGGAUCGAGGACGUGCUGGAGAGGGCGGGAAUCAUCGCUUCCAUACGUAGCCCAGAGGCCGACUGUGCCAGGGCGGGACAUGACCAGCUGGCCCAGCUGUGGGCUCUGCUCUGGGCCGAGACCGAGAGGAGGCAGCUGGUCCUGGACGCCAUGUACCAGGCCCAGCAGUACUACUUUGACACGGCAGAGGUGGAAGCCUGGCUGAGCGAGCAAGAGCUGCACAUGAUGAAUGAGGAGAAGGGGAAGGACGAGCCGAGCACACUGCAGCUGCUGAAGAAACACUUGGUCCUGGAACAGACCAUCGAGGACUACGCAGAGACCAUCGGCCUGCUGUCACAGCAGUGUCGACAGCUGCUGGAGAUGGGGCAUCCAGACUGCGAGCAGAUCAGUAAGCGUCAGUCGCAGAUCGACCGUCUGUACGUGUCUCUGAAGGACCUCGUGGAGGAGAGAAAAAGCCGUCUGGAGCAGCAGUACUGGCUCUACCAGUUAAACAGGGAGGUGGACGAGCUGGAGCAGUGGAUUGCUCAGAGGGAGGUGGUCGCCAGCUCGCCCGAACUGGGUCAAGACUUUGAGCAUGUCACUGUCCUGCAGGAGAAGUUUACAGAGUUUGCAUCAGAGACGGGCAGUGUGGGUCAGGAAAGAGUGACGGCGGUCAACCAGAUGGUGGACGAGCUCAUUGACUAUGGUCACUCAGAGGCCGCCACCAUCGCUGAAUGGAAGGAUGGGGUGAAUGAGGCCUGGGCCGACCUGCUGGAGCUCAUGGAGACCCGGGCGCAGAUGCUCGCCGCCUCACACCAGCUUCACAAGUUUUUCUCUGACUGCAGAGAGGUUUUGGCCCAGAUUGAGGACAAACAUCGAAGGCUGCCGGAGGUUCGGGCUCGGCAGGGAAGCACUGCCAACACCACUACCCUGCAGAGACUCCUGCACAGCUUUGAACAGGACAUACAGCUGCUGGUCACACAAGUGCGUCAGCUGCAGGAGAGUGCGGCCCAGCUGAGGACGGUGUACGCCGGCGAAAAGGCCGAAGCCAUUGCAUGCCGCGAGCACGAAGUGAUGCAGUACUGGAAAGAGCUGCUGACGUCCUGCGAGGAGUGUCGAGUACAGAUUACCACUGAGACAGACAAGCUGAGGUUCUUUGGCAUGGUCCGAGAUCAGAUCAUGUGGAUGGACUCGAUCAUCUGUCAGAUAGGGACAGGAGAGAAGCCCAGAGAUGUGUCCUCAGUAGAGGUGCUGAUGAAUUAUCACCAAAGUCUGAAGAGUGAAGUGGAGGCUCGCAGCCGGAGCACCCUGGAGUGUAUCGAGAUGGGCAAAACCCUGCUGGCUGCUAGAAACCCAGCAGCUGAAGAGAUCAAGGAGAAGCUGGACAAGGUGGUUGCUAAGCAACAUGAGCUUUCUGAGAAGUGGGACAAGCACUGGGAUUUCCUACAGCAAUUGUUGGAGGUUCACCAGUUUGCCCAGGAGGCGGUAGUGGCGGAAGCUUGGCUGACCGCUCAGGAGCCGUUCAUCAACAGUAAGGAGCUGGGUGGCAGUGUAGACGAGGUGGAGCAGCUGAUUCGUCGACAUGAAGCCUUCCGCAAAGCCGCUGCCACCUGGGAAGAGCGAUUCAGUUCACUGCGACGACUCACCACGGUAGAAAAGUUGAAAGCAGAGCAAAGCAAACUACCCCCGACUCCUCUGCUGGGUCGUAAAGUCUUCCUGGACCCCCAAGAUGCCUUACCCAGUCCGUCCAUCCUCCCCCGCCUCCCUAUCUCCCCCGUCACAAGACAGACCAUCUAUGAACAGAACGAAGCCAGCUCUCCUCCCUCACCCUCACCCGCCACGCCUACACCCUCUCCUUCAUCUGUGGCUUGUCGGCUGGGGUCGACAGUUGCUAACUACACCCCUGUGAUGAACGGCUCCAGCUACCGGCACACCCUGGAGGCACGGCGCACUGGGGUAGUGGGUGUGGCCGCUGGACUGGGGCAGCCCGCACCUGCCUCGAUUGCCUCAGUUGCCACGGCUGCCAUGUUAGUCUCAGCCAACCAGGCGCGGGAGAGCGCCAGCGCCGCGAAAGACCAAGCAACAAAGGCAAUGAGUCACCUCCAGCCACCGCAGGCAGCUAGGACCCUGGAGGUGAAAUCCUCCCCGUAUCUACGGCAACCCAAAAUCAAACACUUGGAUGAUGCAGUGACUCCGCUGCUCGUGGCCAGCCGGCUGGAGAAAGCGAGGGAGAGGGGGAGGGAGAUGAUGAUGGGAGAGAUAGGGACAGAGAGAGCGGAGGUGGCUGUGAUGGCCGAGGUGGUGCUCCAGGAGCCGGGCCGGGAGCGUCUGCACAGUGAGCCCACCAGAGGGCCUCGGGGGUCCAGGACUGACCCGUUGGGUCAGGCUGAGCCUCAGGUCCAGACCCACACUUUGCACAGGGACCACAGGAUAGAACGGCAGCUGUCCAGCGAGCAGCUGAUCCAGGCACGCAGGGACGAGCUGCCUCAGGAGGUGUGGAGAGAACAUGCCGAGAGGCGGGACAAACGGACGCUGGAGAGACAAACGUCCAGCGAGCAGGAGGGCCAUGGGAGCCACGGGGGCCACGGGGGCCACGAGGGCCGGCGGAGAGAGAGGGACCGACACCGAGCAGAAAGACAAGAAUCCAGUGAGCAUGACACCGGAAAGGAGCACUCAGACAGACGCUCAGGAGGAGGAGAAAAGAGGUCCACCAUGGCAGAAAUUGUAGAGCAGCUGCAAGAAAGAGAAGCAGCACAGGCCCGUGGUGAGGUGCCCCGCCUGCCUAAUGGGGUACCAGAAAAGUCUUCCCGUCCCGACCGGCCUCGAGCUCGAGACAGACCCAAACCACGGCGCCGACCACGACCCAAAGAGCCAGGAGAGACGACGCGGCGGUCCAGGUCUGCUCCGGCCCAGAGCAGCCCGGCAGUCCCCCAGCCGCCAACACAUACCGCACACCAUGAGGGCUUCCUUUUCCGCAAGCUGGACAUCGAGAGCCUGAAGAAGAGCACCAAUAGGUCAUGGGUCAACCUGUACUGCGUGCUGAACAAAGGGGAGAUGGGUUUCUACAAGGACGCCAAGAACACCACCACGCCCUACAACAACGAGCCGCUGCUCAACCUCUCCCACUGCCACUGCGACGUCACCAACGGCUACAAGAAGAAGAAGAACGUCUUCACGCUCAAAACGAAGGACGGCAGCGAGUUUUUGUUUCAUGCAAAAGAUGAGGACGACCUCAAAGCUUGGGUGACCAACAUCACCGCCAGUAUUUCAGAGCACGAGGAGAUUGCCAAAUGGGGUCAGCCCCAACCAACUACCUCAUCCACCGACGAGGGCACACGGCGUGAUGGCAGUAAGGCGGACAACAGGUCGGAGCGAGGUGGCGAGCGCUCGGACCGGGCCGAGCGGAUUGAGCGGGCAGAAAAAGAAAGGGAGAAAGAGAGAGAGAAGGAGAGGGAGAGAGGGGAACGGUCGGAGAGGUCAGAUCGGGCCGGAAAGUCGGAAACGAAGCGCUCAGAAAAGUCGAGUAAGAAAAAGUGAGCCGGGUGACGGAUUGGUUUGAAGCAUAUGAACUCCGGAUAGGAGGUGGGGCCGUAGACUGGUAGUGAACGUCCCCCUCCGUCUCUCCGCCUCCAACACUGUCAACAAAUCGGUUGUGUUUGGAUGGACACACAGGACAGAAGGAUUGACCCAGGCUCACUCAUAGGACGGACAGGACGGAUUUGGAGCAGGAGACAUCUUUCUCUCUCUCUCUCUCUCUUAUCUUCUGUGUCUCUGUGAGAACACACAGAGUCACUGAUGCCUCGCUGAUGCCCCCCCCCCCCCCCCCCCCCACCCGGUGGCUGUUUAAGAGAACUUCUUCAGAGAGAGUUUCGUGCUGCUGAACCCCUGGCAGCAUUAACGCAAGAGAGAGACGGGACGCGCAUCAUGUUAACUCAAAGGCUGUUACUGACUGCUGGUAGUGCGAUAAAACGUAGCUCAUUCUGGUCCAUGUUUGUUUUUUCUAUGAGAUGUAUCUGUAUGUAUUUCUUGUCUGUCAGUCCUAUCUACUGUAGGCCUAUCUAUCUGUGUGUCUGUAAGUUGAGACAUCCUACACUAUGUCUUAUUACUCCUCGGAAAUCGAAAGUGUCCAAAAUCCAAAAUGUUUUACAGAAGUUCAAAUUUAGAGAAACCUUUUUGUUAACUGUUUUCCCCACUUUGGCCGAUCCGUCUUGAGGUCUGGUCGUGAGAAAAUGGGGAAUUGAAACUGGUUUUACUUUGAUACCAAACAGCACUAAACCACAUUCAUCCAAACGCACCGUGGAUGAAUCAGCGCUGAUAAACAGCUACAGUACUGUGCUGAUUCUGGGAAGGUGGAAAGAUGAUGAUGAUGAUUUAAGAUAAGAGAAGAGUAGAUGGCGGACCAGGGCGAUGGUCUUCAAAACAAUCAGGAAUGCAAGGGGAAAACAGAGAAUUUUAAUCAUUGCUCAGAAGAAAUACAUCAUAGAAACACAUCCAUGUUAAGGAUAGCCAAAUCUUGACCUUAGGAAAGAUCACAACAACACACAAAAUUAGCUUGAAAUUUUCUUACAGUUAAUGUUGAAAUCUGCACAGGAAGAGCAAACAGAACCGCUUCUCUUCGUUUAUGUAUCAUUUAUUUAGGAUUAAAGACUUUCUCUAGUGAACAUUUCAGCAAGACAGAGGGAUCACCAGGUGUUCAACAUAAAGACUACAGUCUAAGUCUAAUUUAUUUUUACAAAACAAACGUGUGUACAGUUCUUGGAUCAGUGAUCAGAAAGUAAUUUUAAAAAAUAGACUUAUUCUGAUAGAUUCUGGUUCCCUGGGGCCUCAUUCGUUAAAAUGUUGUCUAAAUUAACUUUAAGUAAUGUUUAAGAUGAAACAGCAAAUAAAUAUAGCUUUCAUAUUUUGGGUAACUGUUGAGGUUUUAUGUUUUGAUAGAAAAUUGGUGUAAUCUGCUCUUUUUAUCAUCAGGAUCAGUUUUCCAUAAAUUACAUGUUUGACUUUGGUCAUAAGCACAAAAUCUGCACCUGGCAUGAUUUUAACGAAUGAGGCCCUCGGGCUGAAAAUAGGCCUCAUCUACUCUUUUAUUCUCUUAUAACAUCAAAAUACUCUUUUGAUAUUAUCUUUGAUUUAUUCACACAAAUCUGUUGCAUCCUUUUUUUUAUACAAAAAUAUCUGUGUGUGUGUGUGUGUGUGUGUGUGUGUGUGUGUGUGUGUGUGUGUGUGCGUGUGUGCGUGUGUGUGUGCGCUGCUGCUGCUGCUCUCCGCUCCCAGGGUCUCCAUAGCUCUCAGGUUAUUUAUGUUAGUGUGUGCUUACCGUGUGCUUCACGUGUUAAUAUGUUUGUCCCCUCAGACGCCACCUCAGUCUUCCAGACACGUCCGAUCCACAACACACACACACACACACACGCACACACAGAGAAGAUUAUAACUCAGCAGGUUUAAAAUGUCAAAGGUUAGAAACACGUUCCAGAGUGAGAAAGGUCAUUAAACUGUCCUGAUCAACAUCCCAUCAGUGUAGAAUUAGACAGGAAUGGAUAAAUGACUUGACACACCGUCGAGAGCCAAGAUAUCAGACUGACCAAAUAUUCAGAAAAAAGGGGUUAACUGUCUGUAAGUUGUGAGAUUGCAUGUUUUGCCUGGAGAGAAAUCACUUGUCAAAAGAAGCUUGUCUUUGCAGCCCUCUGUCACGGCAUCCUCACAUCCGUUUAUGUUAAAUCUCCUCUAAACUCACCACAAAGCCAUAAACGACAGGGAAACAUGGACAAAAAAAGGAAAGGUCUAAUAAUCUUGCAAACGCAGCUGGAGUAUUUUGGGAAGUAAAGUUACUUUCCUGACCUGGUAGGAACGUCCUGGUCAGAUUAACAUUUAAAAUCCUUUUCUAAAUCCUUUCAAAUGGGAAUGCUGUUUCAAUAUCACUGCUACUGUAUGAAAACAGUUAUUUCAGUUCUGGUGUUUUUAAUUCUUUCGGUUAAAGUCCAGCUGAAGUUGCUGCUACAGCGACAUAUCUGUUGUGUAAAUAACAUGUCCCAGGUUCUCCUUUCAGAAAAAGAUCCGAAACCAAAAGACAGAAAUGUUUAUUUUUUGGUCUCAUGAUGGUGCCCUCUAUUUUUGCAUCAAUUCGUCUCCGCCUCCGUAAGCCAGUCAAAUUGUUGUUUUGUUGUUACGUCACUGUUAUAUCAUAGGCAGACAGUCACACUGACCAACUGCAAGAGAGCAAUCUGCUACACAACAAAAAAACUUUUUCCAAGUCAGUAAGUUGUUUUUUCCCAACAGCCACAAGGGUCAACAAUGAGCCUUCCACACUCAAAAACAAACAUCAGCAGGUGACACAAAGCUAACAUUUACCCUUUAUCAGACGUGUUUUCAAACGAGAAAAAGACUUAAAGGAUGAAGAGUUACUGGUUGGUUUAGUAAAUGUACAUUUGGUUAACUUCCUCACCUCCGUUAUUGUGCAGAGCACAGCAUCUUACCUGAGCUGCCGGUGCCCGAGCUAAACCUGCCAGCAUCUGUCAAUCAAACGAACACACGCCCCCCCCCCCCAACUGCUGAAACAAAAAGCAGCAUUUCUUUCCCCAAAUACCUUUGACACUAAAUUAUAAUGUAAAAAUACUGACAUUAUUUUUGUUUGCAAGAAGGGAUUAAUUAAUGUGAUUUCAGUUGGACUUUAAAAGUUUACAUCUUCCUCUUUGUGCAGGUAAUUUCCACGGCUGUAGAGCUCAAGAAUCCCACACAGAAUUAGUUUUAUUUUUUCAGAAGCGUAUUUUUGCCAGGUUUAUAAUUUUCUCAGUUUUUUAAAAGUGUAAUAUUGAGAUUUUAUUACAUCUGGCGGUUCCUGAUUUUCUUUAGGUUGUACCUUAUUCAGGAUUAUAAAUUCUGUCCUGACCUGUUGGUCUGGUUUGUGUUUAUCAUAAAACAUGUCUUGAGAUCUGUAACUUUCUUUAAUCUUGUUUUAUUUCAACACACUUUAUGCAUCUUAAUUAGGUGUGAAUGCCAGAUCAAUGCAAUCAUUUACAUGCAUGUUGGACACAACAAACAAAGUGAGAGUUAAAAGAGGUGAAUUUUGAAUGAGCAAAUCUUCCAUGUGGAAAGUGACACAGUACAGUCCUCUGCUGUCGCAUUAUGAAUCUUAACAGCAGAAUAAACUGACACACUUUGUAGAUACACACAAGACAAAGCAUGCGGGGUACAGCUAACUCGUUAACGGAUAACAUUACACAAUGUAAUGUUAUUUGAACCAUUUUACACUGUUGACAGCAGAAACAAUCAGAUGUGUGAAAGUCAGCAUGGUUAACGUCAUGACAGACAACAAUCGUACAACAAUCUGAACAUGAAUGGUUUGGGUGAGCUCGUGGGUACCCUGCCUGUCUGUGUGUGUCUGUGCUGUUCUGUUCACAUCAACCUCAGUCUGUCGGCCGAGAUGAAAUGACGAAUAAAAUACCUUUUGGUUUAUCAUUAA